AUGGCCGCGGCCGCGUUCUUCUCCCCGUGCUCCGCGCUGCGGCCGGGCCUGGCUCCGCUGUGCCGAUGGCGGGCCGCCCUCCCUCGCCUCGCGUCCCGCCACGCCGGCAGCGUCCCCCGGAGCGCCGCCAGUGAUGAAGCAGCCAUUAUCUCAGGGACAAAGCUCGCUAAACAAGUCUUGAAGGAAGUUCAAAGGGAUGUGGAAUCGUGGAUAUCCUGUGGGAACAAGAGACCUCAUCUCACUGUCAUAUUAGUAGGAGACAACCCAGCUAGUCAUAUCUAUGUCAGAAAUAAGGUAAAAGCAGCUGCAGCUGUAGGAAUUUCUAGUGAGGUCAUACUGAAGCCUAAAUAUAUUUCUCAGGAAGAACUGUUGGAUAUGACAUUAAAACUCAACAAGGACUCAACAGUUAGUGGUGUAUUAGUUCAGCUGCCUCUCCCAGACCAUAUAGAUGAGCGGACAGUUUGUAACGCUAUCGCACCUGAAAAGGAUGUGGAUGGAUUUCACAUUAUCAACAUUGGACGUCUGUGUCUCGAUCAGCCAUCUGUAAUACCUGCCACUGCUGCUGCUGUCUGGGAAAUCAUAAAGCGGACAGGAAUACAAACAUUUGGGAAAAAUAUUGUUGUAGCUGGAAGAUCUAAGAAUGUUGGAAUGCCCAUUUCAAUGCUUCUGCAUACUGAUGGAGAGCAUGAAAGGCCUGGAGGAGAUGCUACAGUGACCAUUGCGCAUAGGCACACACCAAAGGAACAGCUCAAGAUCCAUACUCAACUUGCUGACAUUGUCAUAGUAGCUGCAGGUAUCCCGAAGUUGAUUACAACUGAUAUGGUCAAAGAAGGUGCAGCUGUGAUAGAUGUAGGCAUCAAUCAUAUCCAUGAUCCUCUAACUGGAAAGACCAAAUUAGUUGGAGAUGUGGACUUUGAAGAAGUGAAGAAGAAGGCUGGCUUCAUCACUCCAGUGCCAGGAGGGGUGGGACCUAUGACUGUUGCAAUGCUUCUGAAGAACACGCUGAUAGUUGCUAAGAAGCUCGUUUACUAGAGGAAGUGGGCUGUCUCAGAAGAAGAAUGCAAGUUCUAUUUAUUGUUAUACAAAACCUUUAUUUUUUACUAGAAAGAUAUUUAUUUCUACAUUGUAUUUAUUUUUUCAUGUAAACUAUAUUGAACUUGAUGGUUUACAAAAUGUUACAAUACUUUAUGUUACCUCCUGCUGACUUACUGUGAGCAUCACUGAAUUGAAUGGUGCAGACUUUGUUGGCACCAUGUUCUUGGUCAGCUGUGUGUGUGGAAGUGAAAAACUGAACUUGAAUUCCAGAGCUUGAAUUAUGCUUGUAUAUUUUGAAAUGGGAUGCUAUUGAUGAGAUUAUUUAAGCAUUAGAUAUGCUCAAUCUGUAUGAAAAGUAGGUUUCAACAUAGUGGAUAUUUAUGGAAAAUGUGGAAUGUUCUGAGUGUAAUUUGAAGUUGGAAAACAUUUAGAUAACAGUGAUCUGGAGUCUGAAAGAAACAAAAGGCUUGAAUUUGUUUCAGCUACUAGACAACAGUUCUGGCAGUGAAUACAAAUGCUCAGUACACAUUUAAAGCUGUCCUGUGUACUUCAAUAUUGGCUAAACUCUCCUCUGAAAUGUAUGCAAGAGGUUUGCAUGAAGUACUCGCAGUUGUGAGGCCAGAAUUGUUUUCUUUCCAUGUCUGAAUUUGGUUGAUGGUAUUUUCAUGCAUAAUGCCACAAAAAGGUUUUGAGUAGAUGAUGUGGUUGGAUUGGACUUCAGUUGGAUAGAAUGCCGUUAAAGCUGCUAUGUACGUACUUUUUUGUAUAAGAUGGAGGGGAAGAGGAAGAGAAAAUCAAAAGUUUACCCACGGUAGAAAUGCUUGUAUUGGAAUUUAAGCCAUUUGUUUAUUCUCUUAUUUUCUGAAGCAACAUGAAGGGUUCUUAAUUCCUGGUAUAAGGCUGAGCCCUGUGAGUAUUUGUUGACAAUAUUUUGCUUCUUAGAGAGGACUGUGUGAGAUAAGAUGCUUGCUGUAAAACGAAAUAGAAAUCAUAAAAAUAAAUGGGAGAGGAAUGAUUAUCAGUGUGUUUCUGUACCCUAAGGUGUUCCAAAGGUGAAUUCAGAAUAGUCUCAUGCAGUGUAAGAGUCAGAGUCAUGUUACUGCUAGGAUGCCACUUUUAAUAUGCAUAUGCUGUAUUGACUUGAAGAGCCUACCCUGGUUCCCAUUGAAGCCAGUGGGAGUCGCUUUGGGCUGCUAUCUCCAUAUUUUUAUCUUGGUUGGGGUAACUUUAUUUUAAUCAAGAGUCUUUAGUGAUUGCCAGUAGAUUCAAGACUACUCAAAAAAGUAAGAAUACAAAAAGGUGUGGCUAAAUACAAGUUCUGUUUAUUAAAAAAAAAAAGUGCAUACCAAAAUAAAAAAUAAAAAAAGAUGGAGAAUU